UUCGUUCUCUUUUUCCCUCCCCUCCACUGUCUCUCUUCGCCCGGCACGACAGAAUUUCCCCGUUGGCUUACCGCUCUCUCGCUCUCUCUCACACACGCAUUCAAACCCUUGCAUCGUAUGAUUCAAUGAUUCUACAGUAUCACUAAUGGAAGACAUUUUUGGUUCAGUUAGGCGAUCACUGGUGUUCCGUACACCCGACGGCGGUGGCGAUGACGACGGCGCCACCGUCGGAACCCUGGUGGACAAGAUCGGCUCUUGCAUUCGUAACUCCAGAGUCUUCUCUAGACCCUCUCCGCCACGACCGGUUCUUCCUCCCGUCACCAAAGAUGUUGCGCCUCUGAUCCGGUGGCGCAAGGGCGAGUUGAUAGGUUGCGGCGCCUUCGGCCGUGUCUACAUGGGCAUGAAUCUCGACUCCGGCGAGCUCCUUGCCGUCAAGCAGGUCUUGAUCGCCACGAGCAAUGUUUCCAGAGAAAAAGCUCAGGCUCACAUUAGGGAGCUAGAGGAAGAAGUGAAGCUUCUUAAGAAUCUCUCACAUCCAAAUAUUGUUAGAUAUUUAGGUACAGUGAGAGAGGAGGAAACCUUGAAUAUUUUGUUGGAAUUUGUACCUGGUGGAUCAAUAUCUUCUCUUUUAGGGAAAUUUGGAUCUUUUCCUGAGGCUGUCAUAAGGAUGUACACAAAGCAGUUGCUGCUAGGACUUGAGUAUCUUCAUGAGAAUGGGAUUAUGCACAGAGACAUCAAGGGGGCCAAUAUCCUUGUUGAUAAUAAGGGAUGCAUUAAACUUGCAGAUUUUGGUGCAUCCAAACAGGUUGUUGAGCUGGCUACUAUUUCAGGUGCCAAGUCUAUGAAGGGUACACCAUAUUGGAUGGCUCCUGAAGUCAUCCUCCAGACUGGGCAUAACUUCUCUGCCGAUAUAUGGAGUGUUGGAUGUACAGUUAUUGAGAUGGCCACAGGGAAGCCUCCUUGGAGCCAACAGUACCAGGAGGUUGCAGCUCUAUUCCACAUUGGGACAACAAAGUCACACCCCCCAAUACCAGAGCAUCUUUCUGCAGAGGCAAAACAUUUCCUGCAGAAAUGUUUACAAAAGGAACCAAACUUGAGACCAGCUGCAUCUGAACUGCUGCAGCAUCCCUUUGUUGUCGGGGAAAACAUGGAGCAUUUUGUUUCCCAUACUCCAGAUAUGGAGAUUUCUGAGAUCCCUUCGCAAACAUUAGGGGCAAACAUAAACUCUCAAAUGACGAUGCACGCUAACUUGGCGGAUAUAAGUGAAUUGCGUAGUCUGGGUUGCUCAACUCUAUUUCCUGAGAAAUAUUCAAAAUUUGAUCCCAUUUGUGAAGCAGAUAACAGUAAUGAUGACAUGUGUCAGAUUGAUGACAAAGAUGAUUUUACAGUGGCUGAAGAAGUAAAGUUCUAUUCCACCUCGUCAUCUGCUGACUUCAAUAAGAGUUUUAAUCCUAUGUGUGAUCCCUCUGAUGAUUGGAGGUGCAAAUUUGAUGGAAAUAUGGAGCCCGGACAAAGAGGAGCGAAUUUGCAUGCUGCUGAACCAAUUGAUAGGCCUCCUGGUAGCUCUGGAGCGUCUGGUGAGGGGGAGAAUGAUUUCUCUUCCGGCUAUGAGCCAUCACUAUCUGAGGAUGAUGAUGAAGUUACAGAAUCCAAAAUUAAAGCUCUCCUGGAUGAGAAGGCUCUGGAGCUGAAGAAACUACAAACGCCUUUGUAUGAAGAGUUCUACAACACUUUAAAUGGAGUUUGCUCUCCAAGCAUUGCGAACAUGCAUGAUGAACAUGGCCCAAAUUACUUGAAGUUACCUUGUAAAAGCAGGUCACCAAAUCAGGUUCCAGCUGGAGCCCCAUCUGCUGCUAUUGAUGCUGCUGGUGCUGGAAGCCCUGGGAGUGAUACCAGAUGUUUAAUGAAUGCCAGCAAUGCAAUUAACCAAACUUCUUUAGAAAUUGUGUCACCCCAAAUCAAUGAUUGGAAAGAGGUUAUUGUUGAUGGUCAGCAGGAAACAAGUAGCCCAAGUGCAAGCUUUUCUGAGAGGCAAAGAAAGUGGAAAGAGGAGCUUGACCAAGAGCUUGAAAGAAAACGAGAGAUGAUGCGCCAAGCCGGCAUAGCUGGAAAAACAUCAUCGCCAAAGGAUCCCGGUUUGAUUCGGCACAGAGAACGGUCAAGGUUUGCAUCUCCAGGCAAAUGAGUUUGUUACAAGUACAUCCAUGUUGGCAGGGAGGAAUAUUUUUUGUUUUCCUUCCAGCAAGUAUCAUCAUCGGGCUGAGGUUUUGGUAUAAAUGGGAAAAAAAACAAGCCUGGUGGUCUGCUUGUUUGCUCUGUUAAAAAUAGCGGGCACUACAAUGCAAGCUGAUAAAUAGUCUGCAAAACAUGCCUGGUGGUAUGCUCUCUUCUAUAGUGAAAGCUUGUGUAUGAUUUUGUGCUAUACAAAGCAUUUUCAUUUUCUUUCUUUACUUUGUUCUGAAGAGGGUUUUGGGGGUGGGUCGUGUUAGAUGGAGAUGCAUUUCUUGUCUCUAUUACUUAAAAAUUGUAUUCUUUAAUACUGAAUAAUUUGGAUUGUUCAGGCAGUAUAGUGUUCAUGAGAAAUUUUUUU